AUGGCUGGUAACAUUUUAAAUCGACUGUUUCGUCUGAACUUCCCUGACUGCACAAGAGAGGCCUUGAUGUUUUUAACAUCUUUCAUAUCCCAGGACUGUCCUACCAUCCCGGGACUCAGCGCCAACACAGAACAGAUGAUUGUAGAGAUUUGCCAGGAGUUUGUUCUCUUCAAGUCCAUGAGAGGCCCACAGAAGAAACUGACUGAGGUCCAGGAAUUACACUUACUGGAUAUGAUCUGCAAAUGUUUCUCUGAAGCCCCAGAGAAAAGCAAAUACAGAAUAUUCAAUCUUAUGUUUGGAUUGGUCUCCCUUGCCUUGUCAGUCCGGUGCACCCCUGUAUUAUUUUGUGCUGCCAUCUGGAUGCAGGAAAGAGACAGUCUUAGUCCAGAUGUGAAAGGAUUGACUCAGCGAUUGGUCAGCGACUAUUGCCUGUUGUACCCAGAUCCUUCUAGUGUGUUUUCCUCUCUACCAUCAGUCUCCCCAUUGUUUGCCUGCAAUUUUGUCACCUCCGCCACAUCGUUCUAUUCAUUUGCAGGUGCCGAUAGUUUGCCGCCACUUUCCCUGCUACAGCACGUGAGUGACUGGGUGUACAAAGACAACACAAUGUGCUGUGAGUCUCUACGCCAGGCCACCAUUCACAGUGCAUACACCACACCUUUCCCUGGCCUGACUGGUUGGUGUGUGCGAGGGCCAGUCGUGUGCUGCCAGCUGAAAGAGAGAGGACCAGACUGCCCCAUCAGCAAUGUCCACAUUGAGCAGCUGUUACAGUGUCUGAAUAAACUUCACCUGGCUUUGCUGCAGAGCCUCGUGUUCACAGCCAGCGUGAAUCUCUCUCCUGGACUCAUCAGCGCCAGCGACCUGGCACAUAUAGGUCAGACAUUACAUGUAGUCUGCAGCCCCAAGCCAAAGCACGAGGAAUUGGCGGCGUGUAAUAUAGCCCUGGAACGACUAGCACAGAUCCUUCAAGUGGCAUCCACAACAAGAACCUACAUACCUGAUAGAGGAAAAAUCAAAGAAAUGGAAAUAUUAGCAAAAGAAAAACUUCCAUAUUGCAGACUCCUAAACAUGGUGCUAAACAAACAGUUGAAUCCAGAUGCAUCCAUCAAAGGAAGAGUUACAAGCUAA